CAGGGAAUUGACAUUAAGAGACACCACGUUAAGAAGUCUCAACGCACGAAGCCUGCGUCCGAGAACGUGUACCUGAAGCUUCUCGUCAAGCUUUAUCGUUUCUUGGCUCGUCGUACUGACUCCCGCUUCAACAAGGCUGUUCUGAAGCGUCUCUUCCAGUCCAAGACCAACCGUCCUCCCAUCUCUGUGUCUAAGAUUGCUGCCAAUGUCAACCGUGCCAGCUCCAAGCACCAGGGUAAGACUGUUGUCGUCGUCGGCACUGUUACCGAUGACGAGCGUCUUUUGACCGCUCCCAAGCUCUCUGUUGCUGCUCUUCGCUUCACCAAGUCUGCUCGUGCUCGCAUUUUGAAGGCCGGUGGUGAGUGCUUGACCUUGGACCAGUUGGCUCUCCGUGCCCCUACUGGUACCAACACCUUGCUUCUUCGUGGUAAGAAGCACGCUCGUGAGGCUUACCGUCACUUUGGUUUCGGUCCCCACAAGCACAUGGCUCCUUUCGUCCGCUCUAAGGGACGUAAGUUUGAGAGAGCUCGUGGUCGCAGAAAGUCCCGUGCUUUCAAGGUAUAG